GACUUCCUAAAGGGAUAUCUAUGGGUAAAUCUUGUUGAUUGGCUGAAAAUGAUGGUCGGAAACAGGCGCUCGGAGGAAGUAGUGGACCCUAACAUUGAAACCAGACCAUCGGCAAGAGGCCUAAAACGAGCCCUUUUAACUUCUUUGAGGUGUGUCGAUCCAGAUUCUGACAAAAGACCUAAGAUGAGCCAAGUAGUGCGUAUGCUUGAGUCAGAGGAAUAUCCUAUACCAAGAGAGGAUCGAAGGCACCGAAGAACUCAUGCAGGUAGCAUGGAGAUUGAAUCCCAGGAGUAUAUUGACACCGACAAGAGUGGCAACCCAGAUCCAAGAUCAGAGAGCAAAAGGAACAACAGAACAAAGGCAAAUAGUGAUUUUAUAGAUGACCUGGGGACAUAUGAAUUGAAAUCGUAAUUCUUACAAUUUUUUUCAUGUUCAUCAAAGCUUGGGAUGUGAGUGUUGAAGCUGAUAUCUGCAAGGGCACAAGAGGGAUUUGUUAUCGGGAUCAAGGUGGGAGCUACUGGUGGGGAAGAAGAGAAUUUUCCCGUUAUUUUAUUAUUUUUAUUUGUUGUUCCCCAUUUGUCUUUGUUUUUCUUCAUCUGAUCUGUCUUGCUAGUUUGUAUGGAAGUUGAUAGAGAGUUGAUUGUUUUGUGCAUGAAAGUGGUGGUAGUGUGCCAAAACUGAUCAGGGGUUGGCGUGGAGGCACUUUGGCUUGUAUGGUCAAAAGAUUUGUGAGUUGUUUUAUUUCUUACAAUGGAUGUGAUACAAAGGAUAGUAGCCCACAUGACUAUUCGACGUAAUAGGUAUUCUCCCAAGGGGCUUAGGGGAGGCUGGGUUGGUAAGGGGGGAUUACUUUUGUUAGAGCUGUUUUUUCUUUCUUCCCCGUGAACUGGGAUGUUAGAGUGACUUGUUAGCACUUUUAGGCCUCCUCUUUAUGUAGAUAAGCUGCAAGCAGAGUGUUCUCCUGCGCUUAAGGAAUGUGAUUAGGGUUGAAAAUAUUGUAUGAUUAGUAUACUAAUAGAUGGUU